GAAUAGGAUCCAACGGACAGCUCUCUCUGGCGGCGAGUGCUGGAAUUAAAAUUUUCCCUUCGCACGAAACCUUUUACGCGGCGUCGAUGAAUACUAAAAUACGCGUCGUCGCGAAAAGAACCGUCGAGCAAAUAUUUUUAUUUACCACGUCUCAUUUGCUUCGUUUGAGAACGCUGGACUGUAUUGGUGUUGUUGUUUACAAAAACCAGAUAGCAUUCUCGCGUUCACUUAACAGAAGGACGGCCUUUCAACGGACGUAGACACUUUUUUCCUAUUGCGCAAGACGCAAUAGACACGCUCACUCCCGCUGACUCCCGCUACCGCGCGUUCGUUGUUAUAGAAUUACGCGAUGAAGUUCAAAGAAAUAAGCUCCACGGCUGUAUUCAUAUUUUCGCAACAUAAGAAAAGAGCGAGUUCGAAUGCUCGUCGAAUACAGCUCGACCAAGUCUAUAUAGAGCUCUACUCGGUCAUUCGGUAUAAACUAACUCGCAGUCGUUCGCGUCAUUUUUUUAAGAGGCAUGUUGGCGAAGCGAUAGCGCAGUUUAGGACAAUAUUACGCAGCGGAUGGUACGGUCGCGAAAGAGUAUCGGUCUGAUCGCCGAGCGUAUACGCGUCUCUCCGUCUUCCAUGUUCUCUCUCGUACUUUGUAGUCUGGGACCGUUAAUGCAGAGAGAACUUGGCGAGGCACUCGUGAAUCCUCUUCCACUCUCUAUUUCAGUUCCUCCGUCAGCCUCCGCGUUCCUUCCCGUUCUAUUUCGUCGUCCAUCUCCCUCUAGCCGUAUUCGCCCCUACUCUGCUUCCAAGUUCGAUCUAGUCUCUCGUUCUUGCCAACGACGCUUUCGUUCCUCCAUCCUUUACGAGAGAAGACUCCAUCGUCGUUCCCGUAUUCUCCUGGUAGGGUUAUGGCUAGCCUGGGUUAUUGGUAACCGGCCGGUAAACACAAAAUUACGUGUCUCCCAGUUUUAAUCCGCUACUUUUUAGCACAGUUUCUUGAAAACAAAACAGAUACGAUAGAUUCGGAGUUCUGGGUGAUAUCGCGCAACGUCGAGGAGCUGCCGAUACUGAAUUUAUCGCAACCGCUUUCUCUUGCCUUUUCGUUCGACCUUUCCGCGAUCGAGUUGGCUGGACGUUCUUCGAAGAACGUGCCACUAGAGAGCGAACGAAUGAAAUAACCGUCUUACAGGUCGGAAUCCCGUACUAAAGAAAAUAUUUGUCUAAUUCAAACUAACGCAAUUCUUCUCCUCGCGUGGUUAGUCGGAUAUGUUUCGGUGAAAUUUUCUUGGUUCGUCGCGGUGAAAUUUUUCUUAUCGUUUUCCGAGUGGGUGUUGAAUGGUUCGAAUAACCGUGAAAAGUAUGAGAACGCUUUCGUACGAUUCGCAACAGUCACGAUGUAUGCAACUUUUUAGAAGGACACUUUAACGGAGAAUUAAAUGAACAAUUGAGAAACGCGAAUCGAGUAAAUGACGUAUUCGAAACGUUCUUGGUAAUCUGUAUAAGAAUCGGUAAUCAUAAUUUUGGAUUACAUAUCGGUUAACACUACCACUACUCUGUUAUUAACCGCAACAGUUAAGGGUUAAGGUCGUGUGCAAGCCUCGGUUCUCAGAGCGCGUGUCGCGUGCUCUUCAGCAUACGGCCCUGAUGGCUCGCGCGCCUCGUCAUUUGUCCUCGCCCCCCUCACCGCCGCCCCUUGCAGGAUACCGUCCAACGCUCGGCAAGCCACUCGAUUUUCUUCCCUGCUUCCCCCACCACUUUCGAGCCGAUCUCCUGUCUCUGUUUUACCGUCUCACGCGUCGCGUGGCACUCUCUCCCUUCCACUCUCUUUCCUCUCGCAACGCUAUUCUCCCUAUCUAUGUCUCUUUCUAUCCUCGUGCCAAUUCGCCCGUCCUGUUCGCGUUACUCCAUUACGCUUCCUUCCACCUCCGACGCCGGAAUUAUCGGUCUGUCUCUCUUUCGCAUUGUUUUCACCGACUACAUCUGAAAUCACUGUUUUUUUUUAUUUCGAGCAAUUAAAACACGAGGAUCGAAAUAAAAUAAAUGUUGUUUAACGUUUGCAAAGAAAUGGAAUACGUUAUUUGGUUCAUUAUACGACGAGGAAUUCCUUUUAUCGCGUUAUAAUAUUAUACAUUCAUGCACGUAUCGUACGCGUUCUAGUCGACAUUGGUCGUACAAAUUAAAGGUCGAAACGUCGAUAGAUAUUUGAAAAGCUAAUGCUAGGUAAUGUAGUUUCAAGCCCGAUCUCGAAACAUGUUUCACCGUAGCGCGAUUGUCCUUGUGGAAACGAAGAGUAAAUAAAUACCUACGUUCGUGUUUGAUCGGGCGUAAAAAUGGUCGCGAGUAUGUAAAUCGAAACAGCAGUUUGAUCUUCAUCUUACGUUACGUAAAUUACACUGUCCUCUCCCAGCGUUCAAAUUCAUCGUGAUUCGAUCGUACAAAGAAAACGUUUGUCGUCGCUCGUUCGCAUCUUCGUCGUUCUUAUCGCAGAUUCGAUAUGGGCCACAAUAAACGUCAGCGGCUGAUAAUUUUUUCUCAUGUUUCUGGCCGACGCGCGUCGCCAUUCUCUCGCGUAUACGCUAGAACAGCCAGUCGACCGGUCUGUCUUUUUCUGUUUCAUUCCUGUUCGACCUCGAGAGGAAUCAGCGUAAGGUUUCUCCCUCUUCGUCGCACGUGCCACGAUAUGUGUAUACUCGCUCUUCGUUCGGAAAUCGUUUUCUCCUCGUCGUUCCCGGUAACGUCAUUCCUUUUCGCUCUAGCGUUUUGUUUCUCCGUCACAGAUGCUCGCCAGUGCCGACAACCUCCCCCACUCGGACUGCCACGCGAGGAUAAUCGAGACGGCCUAACGAACGCCUGUAUUCUUACCUCCUGUUUAGUCCAAAUCAUUCUCCUAAAGGGCGGUUUUUGCUUAACGUUACAUUGCCGCUUUCUAUACCGUAUACUAGAGCUGAACAAUAUUUUAUCGAAACGAUGAAUAACGUUCUUCUUUUUGCGCGAGGAAAUACAUCCAUGAUCGCGAGAAGCCGAUCACGUCAAAGGUUUCGAAACGUUGCAACACUCGAUUUUAAUAUCGCGUCUUCGCUUCGUGAAUUCUACUUGAAAAAAGUAUGGUUAGUAAUCCUACCCGAACGAAAUAACAUUUGCGUGCGAUGUUUAUUUACGUAAAUUUACGUAAGGUUCGGUGGCAGUUGGAAGGGUGUCGAAAUAAUUUUUGUAGCGGUGCAACGUUUUCAAGGUGCUCGAUAAAGUUGCAGCGUUAGAAUUUUGGUAUACCUGGGUGUUCGUUCCAUGAGUUUCGAGUUUCCUGCGAACAGGAAACCGUAUCAUUUAGCGUCACCGUGUCCCACGAGUGAAAAUGCAUUAACUGGCAGUAGCGGCCAACACUGCGGCAAAGUGAAACCCCUCGUCACGGUGUAGUCACGUUAAAGCGAGCCACGCAAAAUAGAACAACAAUCGUGGACCCGAACAUUGUAAUCCUGGUAACGUUUCUUUCCGGCUUGUCCCUUGUAUUCUCUUUGCGACUGACCUUCGUACAUCUCCCAAGCUUCUUCUCGCUUAUUAAGCCGAAUGCUCACGCGGCUGUUUCUUGCCACGCUGUAGAACAGUCGCCGUUAAGCCGAGAAAAGUAACCGCACUCAAGGCCGAAUUACAAGAUCCUACGCAAUUAUUGCGUGUAUCGAAAUGACUACAGUGCGGGGCAAAACGAUAGCUCGAUGUUUGCUCUUUUCAUUUCGUAUAAAUAAACGUAUCGAAAUGCACGCUCAGGUUUAUGGAAAAAUAACGAUACAAAAAUCUGCGCAGUUGGGACGCAAAUAGUUAAUUCGUAACCAUGUAAAACAACCACGAAAUAAUUUCUUUUUAUACGUCCGAGAAACAAGUUUAACAUUGAUGCGAUAAGGGCUAACCUUGGCGAAGGGUGCUCCGCGUAUUUGACCCAUUUCAUAAAUCGCUGCCCUCGAAAUCGAAGCACGAAGUACGAAGAAUCUCGAUUCUACGUUUUCGUCCUUUUCUCCUGGGUAAAAUCACCCUGUCCGUUGAACCAUGACUUUCGCCGCACCCUGUACAUACAUACACCGAUGGAGAGCAGAGGAGAGCAAAGAAGAGCGUUGGAAGCGCGACGAAGGAGAAGAGAGACGGAGAAAGCACGGAUAGAGUGAAAGGGGCGCGGAUAGUCGGGUCGGGACGGGCGGAGGCGGAGGCGGAGGCGGUGGCGGGGGCGGGGGCGCGAGGAGGGAGUGAGGGACAGACGUUCUAGCGUUGUUUGGAACGAGCAAGCUUGGUUCGCGUGGCAAGGGGGGGGGCGGCGGCGGGGGGGCGGAAGGUGGCGCAUGGCGGGGAGAACCGAUGACGAUGGAGGGAGGCUCGUGGGUGGCAGCUGAGCACGGUGUGAUAGGGGAAAUCAGUCGCGGUUCGAGUACCGCCACGCAUGCACGCGAGCUGGUUCGCUCGUUCCUGUAGCUUUUUAUUGUCCGUGCGACGACACGGUUCUCUCCGUAACACCGGAGCACCCUGAAAAUAAACGCAACAAUACGCGUUUCUCGGAAUUGAUCAAAGCGAAUCCCGACCUCCAUCCGAAAGUUCCUUAGACCUUUUGAAAGAUAUAGUAGCCGAGACGCUUGCGCCGUUUCCCGAAGACGGGUAACCGCCGCCGAACCAAGCCAAUCGGAAACACCGAUGUAAACAGAGAGCAGUUUUUAAACGGUAAAAGAGCGGCGACGGCGGCGCGACGCUCGCUCCCCCUCCCCCACCCGCCCUCCCCCGCCCCACACGCACACACACUCUUCCUCUUUCUUUCUUUCGCGAGGAAAGGACGUUCGAGAUAAUCUGAGCGAACGUUCCUUCAAGGGGAAAGUCUGUCUUUUGAUAUACCAGUUUACAAUUGUCGCUCAAGAGGAUUCCGCGCUGUCGCAGCGUUCACGAGUAAACACGAACAAUUGUUCGAAUUGCAACAGUGGACUGUGCGAUAGUUUCGUGAGAGGUGAAGUGACAAGAUUAUUUGCCGUGCCAAAGAAGAAAGCACGCGACCGAAAGUAGUGGCUGGAACACGGUGGGGCCAAGAUGCUCGACUUCGAACAACAGGCCAAUCAAGCACAAGCCCUGGCCUCGCUCGACGAGGACUGGCACCUGCUCGAGGACGCUAAGAUGAGAUUGGAGGAGGAUCUAGUGAUACGUAGGAGCCGACCCACGAUGAUUUCUGCAAAGUAUCGCGCGAGAGAAGAACGUCGUCGUUUGUUGAAGAUCUCCGCCGGUAAGCUGAGGAGGAUCGAGGACCCGGAGGCCAGCCUCUGCAGAUCGGUUCUCAUAAACAACGCUGUUAGACGGCUCCAGCGCGAAAAUCGGGACGAGAAGACGAGGAAUUACGGUCUUCCGGUGGUCACGUAUCUGAACGAUUCCACCAAGGAGAACAACGCUUCUGGCAACCUUAUCGUCGGCGUGACCGACGACGAUGCGUCUUCGAGGAAAAGAUUGAGCGACGACACGAGGAACGAGGGACUCGGCCCCAAACGUCAAAGGCACGACGACCUCGACCUCCAGGACGAUGUGUUCAGCGACUUUUACAUCCUGCCGCCCACUCCACGGCUGCUCUCCCACAUAGACGAGAUCCAGGAACCGGAGUCCCCGCAUCACCAUCACCUGGUCUACUCGGAGGACCGUCUGAGUUCCGUGGACGUUCGUUCGGGAACGACGAUCGUGAACACGAGCACCGCGAACACGACUACCAGUACCAGCACCACCACCUCUCCGAGUAGUUGCUGCAACUCCGUCAUCUUCCCUGGCGAGUUGGACGACUCUGGUUCCCAGCUCAUCAGCGUGACGAGAUCCAGCGACGUCAGCAUGAUGGAAACCUCCGACGUGGUCGACCCCGACAGGAUCUGCGACUUCUCCAGAUUCGCGGACUCUGCGAAAAGUCUGGAGGAACGUCUGGUCGAGCUUCAGUCUCUGGACGAACAUUUCGAUUUAGCAAAAUUCGAGAGAAACAACAACCAGAGCUGCGGCAGAGCCUUCCAUGACAUCCAGACCUUCCAUAGCCUUGUACCCGGCCUGGAAACCUAGAAAACAACGUCAUGCCUCGAACACCACCCACCUAUAGGUCUCUCCGACUCCGCGCCGGGGAAGGACCAUGACAAGGCGACGAUACCGGUCGAUGGCUUCGCGACACGCACCAGGAACCACGAGGAUCUCUAUGGACUCGGAGGCUGGUGACUGUCUGUCGAUUGUUGGACGUGUUUGCUACCCGAACGCUCUGGCUAGAAGCGCCUGCCAUUGGCUGCAGCCUCGAACAACACUCUCGAGGAUGCAGUUCGGAAUCCAACUAUCGAUACUUGGUUGUCCGUGGUUAAAACGAAGAACGAAGCUAUCGGGUAUGCCCGAAACACGAUGGACCUUUACGAAUCCAGCGAGCACAGACUUGUCUAGAGUUGAACUAAGGUUUUUUCUCGCGUACGUACAUAUGGAUAUCGGAAUGUUGGUACUUGGGGCGUUGUACGUAGGGAAUAUCGGUACCAGAAUGUCCUGAACUUACGCAUACGUAUAUGUAAUUUGUAUAUAUUCGAGUACGUUUGUAAGAGCACGUUAACGAUAACAUUAGAUGAAUUUUUAUAGCGGAAAAUUUCACGGAGAAGUACGAGAGUAAAUGUGGAACGUGAAAGAAGAGAAGAAGGACGGACAAAUUAUAUUGAACGCGUCGCGCGCCUGUAUAAAUGCCUUUAGAGUAGCGCCGUGAAUCGAUGUAAAUGUGGGGUGGUAUGCGAUGAAAUCGAAUGGAUUCACUAUGCCGCGCGAUAAUGCCACGAUGAGCCUUAAUUGUUGUGCACGUUCUUCGAUUUUUGUUGACACGAUUCUAUUGAUUUGUUCCGUUUCGCGUUCCUCUAUUUUGCCAGUAGCGAGGAACGCGUCAUUUUUUUUUUCUUUUUCAUUUUUUAAAUUGUUGUUUCCUCGUUAUUCUUUCGAAACGAGCGACAAGUUACCAAUCGAUGUAAAGUCUUACGAAAAAUGAUUGUCGAUAAAGUUUUGAGGUUAUAGUCGGAUGAUAAACUCGAUUGGUCGAUGAGUACCACUUCCGCGAAUCCUGCCACUACUUUUAACCUUGGAACAACUUUCGCCAUGUUUAACUUCUAGGGAUACACGAGACUUCUCUCCAACUUGAAUUGGUAAUUACGAUAGAAUACAUCGUAAUAUUUAUACUUCGUGUUUUUCUAUCUUUUUUAAUGUAAAAGAACAAUUUAUAAACUGGUAAGAAUAGAUAAAAUUUUGAUAAAGUAGAAGUUAAUCGAUGAAAGCAACACGAGCCAUAAGUAACCUAGAAAUGUGUUAGAUCGGUUGAAAUCCCAGAAGUCCUAAGGUUAAGGUAAAAGCAACGGUAGUGGACAUUUAACGCUGUUCUUCGUAGAAAAGUUACGACAACAAAAAAUUGCAUGGUAAAUUCACCAUUGAUUGGGACAUGAAAAAACUCCAAGUUACAGUGGUUGACAUUUCUUGGUUCGGUAGUUGGUGUUUGGGGAAUGCAUUAGAAAAAUGAACUGCCAUUUUUUACUCUUCGUGUAUCGGUGUACCGCAAUGGAAUUGUGUACUGGUUCGUUACUGGCUUGAAAAACUGACGUUGAAUGGCGUCGCCUGUCCUCGGAUUAACUUUGUUCCGAACAACAGCGCUAAUAAUUUUUACACAUGUCCCUAAAACUCUCUCCUACCGAAGCACCGUUAACUUCUGAUACAAUUAUCGAGACUUGUUCUAUUCUUAGAACAAGCUUUAUAUAUUUAUAACAUUUAAGGCUGUAAUUGUAAAUAAUCUCGAUAUAUAGCGGCUUAUAGGAAAGAAGAAUUAAUAAAUUUAGAAUAUUAUUACAUUUCCGCUAUCUAUCGAGAUUAUUUUUACUUUUUCAUAUUCCAUAAAUACAUAUUUAUUGUAAAUAGUAUUUUUAUUAUCUCGGAAAUGUGUAUGUUCCGUCAUUCCUGAUUAGAAGGAAUAGUCCUUAUUUUACCAAUACGUAUUAUACACGUGACCAACGUGUAAGUUUUUCACUUCCAUUUAUGUGUAUGUUAUUUAAAUUUGUAUAUGUGUUUUAUUCUUCUUAUUAAUGUUUCAUAAUUUUAUUAUUAUUACAAUUAUUAUUAAUAUUAUUAUUAUUAUUAUUAUUAUUAUUAUUAUACGGGUAAAGAUCCUUUAGUAAUACUGUAUAUAAUGUAGUAUUACAUAUAUUAUUAUUAUUGUAAUUAUUAUUAUCGUAGACAAAUUUUCGUAGUGAAGAGGACUGAAAUUACAGCCAAAGACGUUAUAUGUAUAUGAAGCUUGUCUUUCGACUGAGAUGGAUUUCGAUAAGUUCAUACGGGACAAAAUAUUGUUCCAAUUAUUACACUGGUGCAAUAACUUAUUCCAUUUGUUUUUACAACAGUAUCAAAUAUCAAUUUAUUUUACAAGGAUUUGCUUGUUCGUUUGAGCCAAACGAACCAAUGAAAGUCAAAGGGCGUUCGUCUGUAAAGCGUGGUGGUAACAUCCGAGUGGCCUUGCGCCAGCCAAUUACUUUUCAUCCGACUAUAGUCCGUGAAUUGUUUCUGGCCGAUCGUGACACGAAUCGCGUGAAUCAUCACGUUCCAGAACGCGAUUUUCCAGAGCGAAAGUGACCGAUGAACGAUUUUAUUGCCAAAUGGCCUUCUCCGUUGCUUAAUAAUAUUUACGUUGACAAAAGUAUUUUCAAUUUUAUAUCUCGAACCCACAUGUUAGGGAUACUCUGUUAACUCUAAUUUCCAACGAAGAAUGUUCGCGAUGAAUUUUUGUAAAAUUUUUGUUACGAUAAAACGCGAUUGUGCAUACGAUUUCUAUACAUUGUUCUUGUAUAUAAAGUAUCGUUUAAGGAAGGUACAUAUAGAUAAAGCUCGAGCGGUAAUAAGGUGUAUCUUUAGGGUGGAUUCAGCAGACAAUGUACGGUGCAAUACUUUGUCCUUUCAGUUUCCCUGCAAGGAACGCGCGAGAGAAGUUGCGAACCUACCCAAAACCCGAAGAUGGGCAAAAAUUUUAUUUAGAUGAAAACUCAAAUAAUGAAUAAAAAAAAAAAUAAAUAAAUAACAU